UGCAUCCUGCCCCCGGCAGGCUCUUCAUUCCUGUGCAUAUUCUAUUCACGACUUUGUCGACGACUGCCCACUUGCAGAGCGGACGCUCUACACGCUGCCAUGGCGAUUUCUUCUUCCACGAAGCGCGCUUUAUUCGAUGUCGUGCUCUUUGCUGUAUCCCAAGCAGCUUUGUAUUACACCGUGCGGUGGGUAAUGGAGGGCAUGGGUCCUGGAGAGCGGAAAGAAGUGAAAGCAAAGAGCCUCAAAGCGCUUGAGAAGCUGGGGCACCGAGACCUCAAGCUUGACGAAUACGAAAAGCAGAUUGCAUCUGAGGUUAUCCACCCAGACGAUAUUGAUGUGCGCUUCUCCGACAUUGGAGGUCUGGAGCCUAUCAUCUCGUCCCUGCGCGAGUCGGUCAUCUAUCCUCUCGUAUACCCGGACCUCUUCAAUUCUUCCUCGCUUCUUGGUGCGCCGAAGGGUGUACUGCUGUUCGGGCCCCCGGGCUGCGGCAAGACGAUGCUCGCGAAGGCGCUCGCGAAGGAGUCUGGCGCCACCUUCAUCAAUAUCGCCGCGUCCGUGCUGACGAACAAGUGGUAUGGCGAGUCGAACAAGCUUGUCGCUGCGCUGUUCUCGCUGGCGCGCAAGACGCAACCCAGCAUCGUGUUUAUUGACGAGAUCGACUCGUUCCUGCGAGAGCGCACGAAGGGAGACCAUGAGGUGACUGGCAUGAUGAAGGCGGAAUUCAUGACCUUGUGGGACGGCCUACUCUCUAGCACGGACCGUAUACUUGUUCUUGGCGCCACGAACAGACCAAAUGACAUCGACUCCGCAAUUCUUCGCCGGAUGCCGAAGCGGUUCUCUGUCGGUCUUCCCGACCUUGAGCAGCGACAGAAGAUCCUGAACCUGAUGCUCAAAGAUACUGACCUUGACGAGCAGUUUUCAAUAAGGAGGCUCGCCGAGGAGUCUGAAACUCUGUCGGGCUCAGAUCUCAAGGAGCUUUGCCGCAAUGCUGCCAUGCGACCGAUGCGCGAAUUCAUCCGUGAAGCCGAUAAUGAUAAGGAGAUGUUGGCCCGUUGUCAAGAAGAGGGCUUCAAGCUGCGUCCGCUUACACUCGAUGACUUCUUCCAGUCAGACGGAACGAGUGCGCUACCGACGACGAACUCAAUAGACGACAUUUCAUGAUGGCUGAUGGUUCAGAAUAGAGUGGUCGAGCGACCAUGGGAUUGUACAUGUAUUCGUACCAUACACGCUGGUAAUUACCUUCACCGCUCAUUGCGGCGUUGGC